GUUGGCAUUCCGUCUAUUUACUGUUAAUUUGAAAUGGAAUUAAUUUAUCCGGAUAUCAAUAUCCUGAUCCGAUUUCACCAGCGUCAACGUCCGCACUCAUUUGUGGAAGUUCCCUGAAGUCGUUGGUUGUCGACAUCAUGGCUCGUGUGUUUGUGCCCCUCGCGGCGCUAGCGAUCUCGUCCGUGGUCAUUGCUGUCCUUCGCCGCCGCGCCAAGAAGGAGCGUCCGUUUCCCUCUGUCCGCACGCCGCUCAAGCGCGUCCCGCUCGAUGAACUGCCCAAGCUCAAGAACGACCUGCUCAUCCGAGCGUACUUGGGCCAGCCCACCGAGCGCGUCCCCGUGUGGUGCAUGCGUCAAGCCGGUCGCCACUUGCCUGAAUUCCGCGCACUUCGCCAAGCCGGCUACGACUUCUUCACCAUGUGUGGGGUCCCCGAACUCGCGGCCGAAGUCACGCUGCAACCCGUGCGUCGGUACAACGUCGAUGCCGCCAUCAUCUUCAGCGACAUCCUCGUCGUGCCUCAAGCCAUGGGGAUGGAAGUGAUUAUGGUACCCGGAGUCGGUCCCGUCCUCCCGCAGCCGCUGCGCACCCCCGAUGACCUCGACCGCCUCAUCGAACACCCCGACAUCGAAGCCACGUUAGGCUACAACUUGGACGCGUUGAACCUGACUCGUCAACUGCUCAAGGGUCAGGUGCCGCUCAUCGGGUUCUGCGGCGGUCCGUUCACGUUGCUCACGUACAUGGUCGAAGGCGGGCCGUCUAAGACCAAAUCCAAGGUCAAGGCAUGGCUAUACAACCACCCCGAAGCCGCCCAUCGCGCCCUCCAUGCUAUCACAGACGUAUGCGUCCGCUUCCUCCUGGAACAACAUGCCGCGGGGGCGCAAGCGCUCCAAGUCUUUGAAAGCGUCGGCGCCGAAGUGCUCACCCAGGCUCACUUUUACGAGUUUGCAUUCCCGUACAUGGCGCAAAUCGCCGAGCGCGUUAAGGAUAAGCUGCCGACUGUGCCGCUCGUCGGGUUCUCCAAGGGUACCCCCUAUGCACUUGAAGCAUUAGCCCAAACCAAGUACGACUGCCUGGGACUGGACUGGACGGUGGACCCUGCCGUGGUGCGGAAACAGGUGGGCGACCGCGUGAGCCUCCAGGGUAACUUGGACUCGGCGGCGAUCUACGCCGAGCCAGACACGAUUCGCGGCGAAGUCAAGAAGAUGCUGGACGCGUUCGGAACGCAAAAGUACGUGGCCAACUUUGGACACGGGUGCAAUCCCGACUUUGACCCCGAACGAGUCGACGCAUUUGUCAAGGCCGUGCAACAACUGUCUUUGCAGGCUUCGACGUAAUAACGAACGUUUACUAAACACACAAUCGCGCGUUUUUUAUUCGACGAGUUUAAC